AUGCAAACCCCUCCCCGCUUCCCAGCGAACCUCCCGCACCGGGAGGCUCUUUGGAGGACCUUCAGGCAGCCGCACAACACCGCACACCCGGCCAGGCUCGGCUUGCACCCCAGCCCCUGAGACGGCACGGGAGAAGCGCCGUGUCCGGCCGGGAAAGGGGAGCCGCUGGAAGAGCGCGGUGGGUGCACCGGGCUCCCGCACCGCCGGGCAGAGGCACGCACGCCGCCUCGGCCGCAAGGGUUAAUGGCCCGGCAAAGCCGGGGAAUGCGUGAAGGCAGCAUGUGACUUCAGGUGGGGCAGGGCGGAGCGAUGAUUCACUCUUUUGCUUUUCCUCUUUUCACUUCUUGCUGUUACCUGUCCGUCUCGGCACCGCACACGGGCAGGAGCCUGAAAUAAUCGCCUUGCUGGCCGGGGAGAUGCCGAAGAGGCUGACGGAGAAGUUUGCUGCGGCGAAACUUUCCAGUUGACCCGAUUCUUCAGGAUCAAUACCUGGGGACAACUUCUGGGCUGAGAAAUCCUGCUUUCCUGGGCCCUUUUUUAAGCAGCUAUUUUUGGUUUUCCAUAGUGUUUUAUUCUAUUUUAUUCUGUGCUAUUACUCUGUUGAAAGAGAGGAGGAUGAGACCAGCGUGGACCUGACAGUAGAAGACUUCCCAGGCUGGGCCACCCCUAAAGAGUCCACGCGUGCCCAGGUGUGAGAGGGCUCAUUUCUCCCCGCCGUCCUACAGACCCAGGUGCGGAGAGCAGCAGCCUUCCCUGGGGUUUGCCUUGUGCGGAGGCCCUGACUGCUGCUCGGACCUAGGAGCGAACGAGGAGCCGAUUCCUCCUCGCUGGAGGAGAAAAGGUCCGGAGUCCCAGGAACACUCUGCCAAGGAGCGGGAGAACGGAGAGACGCACUUGUACAGCUGUACAUUGAACUCAGGGAGGGAGAAACAAAUAACUGUAUAUUUAAAGACUGGGAAAAACUUAAUUUCUUAUUUAUUGUCAGCAGCCAGUGCUUAGUCGGCACAUAAAGCUCCCUUUGGAGGGCAUAUCAGUGUCUGCCGUCACCAUGGCUUUCUCCCAGGUGCAGUGUCUGGACGACAGCCACGUCAACUGGAGGUCUAGUGAGUCCAAGCCCGAGUUCUUCUACAGCGAGGAGCAACGCCUUGCCUUGGAGGCACUGGCCUCCCAGGGGCCAGAUGCCUUUUACGAGGUCCUGAAGAAAGAGAAUAUCAGGGACUUCCUCUCCGAGCUGGAGCUAAAAAAGAUCCUGGAUACACUUGAGACCUAUGACCCCGGCUCUGAAUACAUCCCACGCCACGGCAGCAGCACGGGGGACAGCGAAGACGACCACAACAGCCGAGGCGACGAGCGGGACGUGGCCCCGUCCCUGGAGUACUGGCCGCAGAGAUCCGAUCGGUCCAUCCCCCAGCUGGACCUCGGCUGGCCCGAGACCAUCGCCUACCGCGGGGUGACCCGUGCCACAGUGUACAUGCAGCCGCCCAUCGAAGGGCAGGCUCACAUCAAGGAGGUGGUGAGGAAGAUGAUCUGCCAGGCUCAGAAGGUCAUCGCAGUGGUCAUGGACAUGUUCACUGACGUAGACAUCUUCAAGGACCUCCUGGAUGCGGGCUUCAAGAGGAAAGUGGGAGUCUACAUCAUUGUGGAUGAGAUCAAUGUGAAGUACUUCCUUCAGAUGUGCGAGCGAGCCCAGAUGCACACCGGACACUUGAAGAACCUCAGAGUUCGAAGCACCGGGGGAACCGAGUUUUAUACACGCUCGGCCACGAAGUUCAAAGGCGCCUUGGCCCAGAAGUUCAUGUUCGUGGAUGGCGACCGGGCCAUGUGCGGAUCGUACAGCUUCACCUGGUCUGCGGCAAGGACGGACAGGAACGUCAUCACGGUCCUCUCGGGCCAAGUGGUGGAGGCGUUUGACAAGCAGUUCCAAGAGCUGUACCUCAUGUCCAAGGGGGUGAGUCUCAAGUCCAUCUCCAUGGGCGAGGAGCCAGAACCCGAGCCUGUAACGCUGCCUUCCGUCGUGCCCGUGACCCCUGCUAACGCCGUGGUAAAGAAGCUGAUUAACCCUAAAUAUGCCCUGGUGAAGGCCAAGAGCGCAGACCAGAUCAGCAAGACUUCUUCUGAGAAUCAAGACAAAAACCAGAAGGCAGACAACAAAGGCAAGGCCCUUCCCGAGGGCCAGGCAGGCGACAAGCACGGCGACACGGCAGACCUCCCUCUGCUUACCCACCCUGGCCUCCUGAAUUUGGAGAAAGCGAACAUGUUUGACUACCUGCCCACCUGGGUCGAGCCCGACCCAGAGCCUGGGAGCGAAGUCUUGGGCUACAUCAAUAUUAUUGACCCCAAGAUAAAGAACGUGAAGCUCUCUCAGAUGAACCGCAUCAAAGUCUGCGAUGUCUCCCAGGCCAGUGCUCAGCACAGGCAGAUGCUGAAGAACAGAGAGCUGGAAAUCAGGAAAAGCUCAGGACAAGAGCCGUCUCCAGCGUUCCCAUGCCAAGCACAGACCUCUCAGACCCCCACAGAAGCUCCUGCAGCGCCUGCUGCCAGCCCCAUCGAGAGCACCAGCUGGAAGGCGAAGAAAGCAGGAGCUUUUGCAGCUUUGCCCUUGAGUCAUCAUUUGAAGCAGCCCGACAGGACACACGAGGAAACCAAGCCCCCGGUUCCAAAGCCAAGAACCAUCCCGGUGGGAGGGCUCGUGACCAAAGCCAGCACUCCCUGCAACAGUAGCGCUGGCCUGGAAGGUGACACGCAGCAGCCACAGCCACAGCCAGCCAAGCAAGCAAAUGUGAAAGAAGAACCGAAUGAAAACCACAGCAGAGCUUUGAUGGAGACCGGCCACCACCAGCCGGACCAGCCAGCAGCGGGACCGCAGGACAGAGGGCCUGUCUGUGUGCACAACGGGCUGGGUGAGGAGGAGGAGGAGGAGGAGGAGUAUGUAACUCUCAGCGACCAGGAGAGCUACUCCAGCAGCUCUGCUGAUCACAGCUACCGCCGCUCCAAUGCCUCCUCCAUCUCAGACGAAUAUUUCGAGGUGAGGGAUCGCUACGGGCCGCUCCGGAGAACUAACUCCGACGUCACCCACAACGGGGAGAUCCUGCCAGUGCAGAGGAAGCUGAGCGAUCCCCACAUCAGCAGGGGCACCUUCCUCAGCCCCCUGGGGAACCUGCCGUCACUGAAGCACGCGAGGGCAGAGGACGUGGCGAAGAGGAGGAGCAACGCCGUGGAGAUUAGGUGUGUGCUGCCCCGCGCUAUCCUGGAUGGCAACAGCUCCUACCCCGGCAGUGCCGCACAGGGGACACACAUCUACCCUUACCGACCCAGGAACCCUGCAGGCAGAGAACGAGGCAAAGAAAUCUCCUGUUCCCCGACACGUGAGAAAGCCCCCGGGGCCAGCAAAUGCAGAGGAGAUGGAGCCAGCCCUAAAAAGACCGUUGCAACCGCAAGCAGCCGGCCGUACUGGCAAAGCAAAGCCUUCAGUCCCAGCAAGACUACACGGCCAAGCCACCUCUCCCCAAGCAACCCCAGAGCAACGGGCAAACCCUUCACCUCCCUCCCAGAAAGCCAGAAGACAGCAGAUGAAACGAGGACACCCUUCGGCAUCCCCCUCUCCAAACUAUCCCAGUCCAAGCACCUCAAGAGCAAGGUUGCAGCAGCCCCGGGCACUUCCCCCGACUCCAAAAAGCAGCCCCCGGAGGCCUCCAGCCAGAAGGACCACUAGGCAUUAACACAGGUGGAUGUCCAGGGCAAGAGCCAUAGGGCGUGCCGGGAUCCCAGGCAAUGCCGUGUUACAUGGGGCGGGGGAAUACGUUUACAUUUACCUGGUCGGUGCACCAGUACCACGUGGCCAUGACGGACAGCCCGAAAGUCAUCCCAGUCCAGGGCAGAUCGCCAGAGACUGGGUCUCGGAAGAGGUGCAUAGCAUCCGCUCUGGGCAGGUGGCAGGUAGUGUUGGGAACAAUCUUGGCUGGAACAGCUUUUAAAUAGGCCUCUUCUAGGUUCAGGUAACCACCGAUCUCAUUAAAAGCUGGAAGGCAUCAUUGGGGGAGGCUGAUUAGAGUCGAUCAAAAUCCAUUUGCCUCUGAGAUCAGCUGGUAAAGCAAUCAAGAACUCACUAUCCACAACUUCUGCCCCCUUCUUCCUGGCCCUGCUUCCCAAAGAGGGAGGGCUGUUUCGUGAUGGUAUUUUAUUCUAGUUAUUUAAGAGACUCUUCUAUUAACAUUUUGCACAGCUGGUCCCAUUACACUGUGCCCUCCCUUAGGAGGGUGAUCCAUGUUCUGGGACGAAGGCUUCUCAAGGGACCCACCUCUUUUGACUUUAUACUGUAAAAGUGACCUGUUUAUUAAAGCAACCCAGUCCCAGAGUAUGGGAAACUUCUCUGGAACUAUUAAAUGCAAGUUCAGGUAACCUUUUUAUUGAUAUACCACAACUCAAGGUGCCUUGGCUCAAGCGUCCAGCCAAACAUUUUCCAUCCCUCUGAGCAUUUAUCCAACACCUCCUGCACUGCUUCGUUUUUAAGCAUCCAGAACCUCCUUCACUGCAUUUUUCCUAGGAAACGGGAUCCAACCUGGGAAAAGAUCUGGCCUUAGCCUAAGCCCUUCUGAAGAUUGCAUGCCAUGAACAAGCCCUAGCAAGCGAGCCUCCAAGUCCGUGUGCAGCUGGCUCCAAGCUUCUCCACCCACUCCCGGCCUGCCGCAUCCCGCCUGGCGCCGGCAGAGCAGCCGGCAGCGCAGACCCCCGGCAGCCGGAGCCAGCCUGCCCUGGGGUCUGCCCUGGCCUCUCGCUGCCUCCCCCGUACCGCGGGAGAUGGGUUGAGUUCUGCUCGCAGUAACACCCGUGCCAGCCCGGUGGUGUAACCGGCAGGAUUUUGGAGCCAGAGGCAUUGCUUUCCGGCAGGAGGAACGGCAGGAAUCUGCUCCGCUCCCCCCGCGUGCCACAGCCGCCCACGCAGCAGCUGCUGAGAUAAGCAGAGCGGGUGCGUUUGCACCCCCCCAUCCAUAGCGUGCUGCGGCCCGAGCCGGCCGCUCGCGCUCGAGGGAGGACGCCGGGCUCCUGGUUUCCAGCAGUGUCUCCGAGGAGAAGCUGCUGCGCUCGGCGGAGCACCCAGCCUGCUCUGCGGGGAGGAGGCGAGGAGCCGGCGCCCCGGGGAGCCUCCUUAGGAAGCCGCCGGCGGGGGCUGCCGCUGCACGACGAGGCGGGCUGCAGCUCAUGCCGCCAUUCCAGGGGCUGGGGAAUCCCUUCUGCUUUACUCCUUUGCUUUACUGUUCAGUGAUAUGAAUUGUUUUCAAAGCAACGCCCACAAGAAACCCUCCGUGCAUUACUUCCAUCCCUCAGAGAUGGACUUGCACCAGACCUUAGAUCCCAGCACAGAGCUAACGUUUGUCAGUCACCGCUAUCCUUAGACCAAACGCAGGUCCCUGACCCAUAGGGAGUUGGAAACAGGGCUCUCCAUCAAGUAACAGCUUGAGCAAACCCCCAUUUCUAAGCUACCCUCCCUGCUGCAUCCUCCCUCCCCCGUCCCCUUCAUCCCAGGGAAGAUGCCCUCCUGCUGACUUGCCAUUUCCACUAACGAACCCGCAGUGGGGUUUCGGUCCCGUGGUUAUCACAGACACCAAAGGGUACCUGGCUGGAGAUACUUUCAGGCAGUUAGAAAAGGGACAUCACAUACCCGCUUUGCAAACAGGCCCAUUGUAUUUGAGAGAGAAGGAGCAUGUGUAAAGCCUUCCUGCUCUUGUGAAAGCAGAGCUGGCUUCUCACCAGCACAUGGUUUAUCUAGGCACCGGCUACUCCCAAGCUUUGCAUGGGCGUUGGGCAUCAACAAAAGCUCUUCUCUGCAGGAGCAGGUGAGUGCUGAAAGCAGGGGUGCUCACCGGGGCGCGGGCCUGCCAGCUUUCCAAACGCGUUAGCCGGCAAGUCACAACACCUGUAUCUGCUAAUGCGGAAGAGCAGGGCAAAAAAAUGAGGCAUCUGAGAAUUCAGCCUGCAGAUGCUUCGCUAAAGCCCAUCAGCUCCACCAGGAUUAGUGUCACAGAGGUGAAUGCCAGGGGAAUUAACACCAGCGGCGGCGAGGUGAAAGCUGCCGAGUGAUGCCCCGCACCGAGGGUGGGUGCCGUACGGUGCAGCGCGUUUGCUCUCACCGCGACGGCAGAGGUGAGCAGAGUCACAGCCAGCGCAGCAGGACGGGUGGGCGAAGGGGCCCUGCUUAGAGUGUCACAAAUUACCUGGUGACAGUUGAUUCUCUCCCAACUGUACUUCUGCCUCUGCUUUGUAGCGUCUGUAGUUCCCCAGGGUGGCUGCGGCUAUUGAGUUAAGUAAACUGGAUCUGUUUGUAA